UCGUCCCUGCUGUCAGCAGCCGGUCGAAAGAAAAAUAACAUUUCGCAACAUUUACGCAAAAAGUGCAUUUCUUUACCAGUGGUGCAUCACUCGCCCCCCUUCGUUUGUAAGAUUUUCCACCAAAAACCCCAUCAUUAAACGCACCCUGUGACAACGAAAACCAUGUACAACUGUCUACGACUUGCUUCCUGCAUUGCACGAACCGGCACCACCAGUACUUUUAGCAGUUUUUCCGCAUUUAAAACCAUCAGCCCCGCCAGAUCAUUCGUGAGCAAUGCACUGCUAGUCAGCAAACCAAACGGCGGGGGAAUUACCUUUCGUGAUGCAACAAAGAAAAGUCUACUCACAGUCGGCCGAACGUUCCGGACGCCCGUCAGCCGAUACUGCACCAAACCGAGCGUACCGCAGGAGCGGGGAAGCAAAGCCGUCGGAUACUGGUUGCUGGGAUGCAGCGGCAUGGUCUUCGUCGCCGUCAUACUAGGAGGUGUUACGCGACUGACCGAGUCGGGCCUAUCGAUGGUUACGUGGAAACUGCUGGGAGAGCAAAUGCCCCGUACGGACGCGGAGUGGCAGCAGGAGUUUGACCGGUACCAGCAAUUUCCCGAAUUUAAACUUAAAAACCAGGACAUUACGAUGCAAGAGUUCAAGCUGAUCUGGUACAUGGAGUACGGUCACCGCAUGUGGGGCCGUGCGAUAGGCGCAUUCUACAGCAUUCCAGCGCUCUACUUCUGGACCAAAGGGUACUUUAACAAGGCGAUGAAAAUCCGUGUCCUCGCAUUCGGUGCCCUCAUCGGCGCCCAGGGUCUGAUGGGCUGGUACAUGGUCAAAUCCGGACUCGAGGAUCGUUUCCACGAGGAGAGCGAUGUGCCACGCGUUUCCCAGUACCGACUCGCAUCGCAUCUCGGAUUUGCCUUCGUGCUUUACUCACUAUUUCUCUGGUCGGCACUGGAUAAGCUGCUUCCGGCCCAGAAACUGGUCGGUCAAAUUCCGGCCGCCACGUUCCGCUUCAAGGGUUUGGCCCAUGCGACUAAGGCGGCCGUAUUUCUGACCGCCCUGUCUGGCGCGUUUGUGGCCGGGCUCGAUGCGGGGCUGAUUUACAACUCCUUCCCAAAGAUGGCCGAUCGGUGGAUCCCGAGCGACAUACUGGCGCUGUCGCCCGCGCUGCGCAACUUUACGGAAAAUCCUACCACGGUACAGUUUGACCAUCGUGUGCUGGGGACGGCCACGCUAACGCUCAUCACCGGCAUGUUUCUGCUUUCGCGCCGUCGACUGCUGCCACCGCGCGCUUACAAAGCGGCCACGGCGGUGGCCGCCAUGGGCUGGAUGCAGGUCGCUCUUGGCAUUACGACCCUACUUACCUAUGUGCCCGUCCCGCUAGCGGCCAGCCAUCAGUCGGGCUCGCUGGUGCUGCUCUCGCUGGCCAUUUGGUUGACGCACGAGCUGAAGCUUGUCAAGCGGCUACCGAAAUAAAUAAGUAUUUACUCACCAGUAUGGA